AUGGAGGCGGGAUUCGCGGGCCCUUGCGCCGCGUCGGUGCUCGGCAGCGGCUGGAAUUUAAAAUAUGCGUUUGAAAAUGCACCGAUUCUUGCCCGGGAGGGAGAAAACGGAGCACGCGGGAUCCCCAGCGGGGCCAGUCCCGUUAGCGGGGCUCUUAAUGUGGAGGGAGAAAAGAAAACGCCUUUUCUCUAUAACAAUUGCGGCAAAAUUAGGUCUGAAGAUUUGCGCCGUGAGUUUGGUCGUUAUGGGCCUAUAGUUGAUGUAUACGUUCCACUUGACUUCUACACUCGUCGUCCCAGAGGAUUUGCUUAUGUUCAAUUUGAAGAUGUCCGUGAUGCAGAAGAUGCUCUCCAUAAUUUGGACCGAAAGUGGAUUUGUNUUCAAGAUCUUUCUGUGCAGUUUUAUCAAGGGAAAAAAAAAACACCAAAUCAAAUGAAAGCCAAGGAAGGGAGAAACCUAUACAGUUCUUCUCGUUACGAUGACUAUGACAGAUACAGGCGAUCUAGAAGCCGGAGUUACGAAAGAAGACGGUCUAGAAGUCGUUCUUUUGAUUACAACUAUAGAAGAUCGUAUAGUCCUAGAAACAGUAGACCUACUGGAAGACCUCGACGUAGCAGAAGCCAUUCGGACAACGAUAGGUUCAAACACCGCAAUCGAUCUUUUUCAAGAUCUAAGUCCAAUUCAAGAUCACGAUCCAAGUCACAGCCCAAGAAAGAAAUGAAGGCUAAAUCACGGUCUAGGUCUGCAUCUCACACCAAAUCUAGAGGCACCUCUAAAACAGAUUCUAAAACACACUAUAAGUCCAGCUCAAGAUAUGAAAAGGAAUCGAGAAAAAAAGAACCAGCUAGAUCCAAAUCACAGUCAAGAUCACAUUCUAGAUCUAGGUCAAAAUCCAGAUCGAGGUCAUGGACUAGUCCCAAGUCCAGUGGCCACUAACAGUGUAUCCAUGUUGUUUUUAGGCAUGUAACAUUCAUUUACACACAGUUCAGUUUACUUAAAUUAUCAGGAAUAUGAUGUUGCAACAGUACU